AUGGCUCCAGAGAAUCUCACCCAGGUCACUGAGUUCAUUCUCAAGGGGGUCUCUGACAACCCAGAACUACAAAUUCCCCUUUUCUGUGUUUUCCUGGUUAUCUAUUUGCUGACAGCAGCAGGGAACCUGGGAAUCAUCACCCUCACAUGUGUGAACUCUCGACUCCAAACCCCAAUGUACUUCUUCCUCAGACACCUGGCUGUCAUCAACUUCGGAGAUGCCACUGUCAUAGCCCCUAAAAUGUUGGCCAACUUCUUAGUCAGUAAGAAAACCACCUCAUACUACGCUUGUGCCACCCAGCUGGGAGGAUUCCUGGUGUUCAUUGUAGCCGAGAUCUUCAUGCUGGCCGUGAUGGCCUACGAUCGCUACGUGGCCAUCUGCAACCCUCUGCUCUACAUGGUGGUGGUGUCUCCGAGGGUCUGCCUUCUGCUGGUGUCCCUCACAUACUGCUUUAGCUUUCUUACAGCCAUGGUCGUUACACCUUGUGUGUUCUCUGUGUCAUAUUGCUCUUCGAACGUCAUCAACCACUUUUAUUGUGAUAACGUCCCAUUGUUAGCACUUUCCUGUUCUGAUACCUCCCUUCCAGAAACUGUAGUGUUUUUCUUCUCAGCAACAAACUUGUUUUUCUCUAUGAUUAUAGUUCUUGUGUCCUAUUUCAACAUUAUCCUCGCCAUUCUGAGGAUACGCUCAUCUGAAGGAAGGAAGAAAGCCUUCUCCACCUGCGCUUCCCACAUGGUGGCUGUCAGUGUUUUCUAUGGCACACUCCUCUUCAUGUAUUUGCAACCACGGACCAACCACUCCUUAGACACUGACAAAAUGGCCUCUGUGUUCUACACCCUUGUGAUACCUAUGCUAAACCCUGUAAUUUACAGCCUGGGGAACAAAGAUGUAAAGUGUGCACUGAAAGAAUUCUUGAAGAAUCCCUGCUAUAUUAGAUUCAAUCUAAUAUAA